CUGCUCCCACUAUUCGGUGCGGGGCUCGUCUCUCCGCUCAUCUGGAAGUGUUUUCCAUAGUGGCUCAGCCAGGCUAUAGCAAGGGGGGAGGAGGCGGUACGAUGUGGGGGGAAAGGAGUUACCAGUGGUUAGCGUUGCCACCACUGCUGCCACCACUGCUGCCCCUGCUGCUGCUGCUAUUGCAGGGGAGAGGUUAUAGCUGCCUCGACGAACCCUUAACGCUGACUGAGGAGCGGGUCAGCCAGUUGCUGGGUAAAGGAAUAUUCAUUAUCCAAAAUGAGGACCUUAAGACAUGCAUCCAAGCAAGUAAAUUUGGACUGGUCCUGGAGAAUUGCAAACAACCAACCACAUCUAUGUUAUGGAAAUGGGUUUCCAAACUCCGCCUGUAUAACAUAGGCACCAGCACAUGCCUAGGAUUGAAUCUCCAUGCCCCAGAGCAGCCAUUGGGCCUGUUUGAAUGUGAUUCUACUCAUUUUCCCAUGUGGUGGCGUUGUUACAGAAAGGCGGUUAUCGGCCCUUACCAAUACAGGCUAGAAAUAAAGAACAGGAACCUGGUGGUGGCUACAAGACAGUCUACCCAGAAGUGGAUGCAAUACAUGUCAGGGGGUGAUGAUAUCUGUGAGCAUCCUUUUCAAGAAUUAUACACAGUGAAAGGAAAUUCCCAUGGAAUGCCAUGUGUGUUUCCAUUCCAGUAUGGUGACCAAUGGCAUUAUGAAUGUACCCGAGAAGGCAGAGAUGGCCAGCUAUGGUGUGCCACAACAAGCCGAUAUGAAAAGGAGGAAAAAUGGGGAUUCUGCCCAGAUUCCACCUCCACAGCUAUAAGUUGUGAAGUUUUUUGGGAGAAGGAUCCUAACACGCGUAUUUGCUACCAAUUCAAUCUCUUUUCCAUUCUGUCUUGGAGUGAGGCCCGUUCUUCAUGCAAGAUGCAAGGAGGUGAUUUACUAAGUAUUGUGGAUGGGACAGAAGAAAAUUUUAUAAGGCAGCAUAUAAGUACGAAAGUAGUUGAUGUGUGGAUAGGUCUGAAUCAGCUGGAUGCGGCUGCUGGCUGGCAGUGGUCAGAUGGCACCCCGCUCACCUACCUAAACUGGAGUCCAGAUGUAAAAUUUGAUCCAUUUCUUAAACAUCACUGUGGAACAUUCAAUUCUUUGAUGACGCAGUCCUGGCGAAGUCGUGAAUGUGAAUCUUGGUUGCCUUAUGUUUGUAAAAAAUAUUUAAACCACACUGAACAUGAAGUAUUUGAUGCCUGGAAAUACUACCCAACCCACUGUGAACCAGGCUGGAAUCCUUAUAAUCACAAUUGCUACCAGCUUCAGAGAGAAAAAAAAGCCUGGAAGACUGCCCUGCAUUCUUGUCAGUCCAAUAACAGUGAACUGAUCGACAUAGCUUCAUUAGCAGAGAUGGAGUUUUUCAUAACCCUUCUUAGAGAUGAAAAUGUAUCGGAAACAUGGAUCGGCAUGAGUAGCCAUAGCAAGCCAGUUGCCUUUGAAUGGUCUAAUGGCUCUUCAGUCACUUUUACUAACUGGCAUACCCAAGAGCCCAAUAUUUCUCUCAACAGCAGCCAACUCUGUGUUUCAGCUCAGCAAUCUGAGGGACAGUGGAAAGUUAAAAACUGUGAAGAAGAAAUGUCAUACAUUUGUAAAAAACCUGGAUAUGUCCUUUCUGAAGCUAAAUCAGGCUGUCAUGAGGGAUGGGAAAGACAUGGUGGAUUUUGUUACAAAAUUGACCCAAUCCGUCGAAGUUUUGAACACGCUUCCAGUGGCUAUUACUGUCCUCCUUCACUUGUAACAGUUACCAACAGGUUUGAACAGGCUUUUAUUACCAGUUUGAUCAGUAGUGUGGUAAAAACAGAGGACAGUUAUUUUUGGAUAGCUCUUCAAGACCAAAAUGUUACAGGAGAAUACACUUGGAAAACAGCAGAGCAAAAGGAUGAGCCAGUGCAAUAUACAAACUGGAACAAAUAUCAACCAAGCUACAGUGGAGGCUGUGCGGUUAUUCGGGGAAGGAAUCCCCCCGGUUCCUGGGAAGUCAAAGACUGCAGGAGAUUUAAAGCAAUGUCCCUUUGCAAACAACCGGUGACAGUGCGGAAAGAGACAGAACAUGAAGAGAGGUGGCCUUUUCAUCCUUGCUUUUUGGGAUGGGAAUCAAAACCCAGUCUCACCAGUUGCUACAAGGUAUUCCAUAGUGAGAAAGUCUUGAUGAAAAGAACAUGGAGAGAGGCUGAAGCAUUUUGUGAAGAUUUUGGAGCACAUCUUGCAAGCUUUUCUCAUAUCGAGGAAGAGAAUUUUGUAAAUGAGCUUUUAUACACAAAAUUUAAUCGGACAGAAGAGAGACAGUUCUGGAUUGGAUUUAAUAAAAGAAACCCAUUAUCUGAAGGAUCGUGGGAAUGGUCUGAUGGAACUCCUGUUGUUGCUUCAUUUUUAGAAAAUGCUUAUUUUGGAGAGGAUGCAAGAAAUUGUGCUGUGUACCAGGCAAACAAAACUUUAUUGCCCCUGCUGUGUGGUUCCAAACGGGAAUGGAUAUGUAAAAUACCAAGAGAUGUAAAACCAAAGAUUCCAAAAUGGUACAUGCAUGAUGAACCAUGGCUUUUCCAUCAAGGGACCGAAUAUCUUUUUCAUAGUGAUCCUUCGGAGUGGGAGAGUUUUGAGUUUGUCUGUGGUUGGCUCCGUAGUGAUAUGCUCACCAUUCAUUCUGCGCUCGAACAAGAAUUUAUCCACAGCAGAAUAAAAGUGCUAUCAAAGAAUAAUAAGAAUUGGUGGAUUGGGCUCCGUGAAGAAAGACCUAAGGAUGGAUUUCAUUGGAGAGAUGGCUCACCAUUAAUAUACCAGAACUGGGAUGAUGGAGGAGAAAGAUCUGUGAAUAAUCAGAGUCAAAGAUGUGGCUUCAUUUCAUCUGAAACAGGACUCUGGAGUAAUGAAGAUUGCUCUGUUUCUAUGUCCAGUAUUUGUAAGCGUAAAAAAAUAUGGGUUAUAGAGAAAGAGAGGGAUAUACCAAAACAACAUGGAUUGUGUCCCAAAGGAUGGCUGUACUUUGACUAUAAGUGCUUCCUAGUGGAAAUACCGAAGGAUCCAAGGCACCAGAAAACCUGGAAGAGUGCUCAGCAUUUCUGUGCCGAGGAGGAUGCAACACUUGCCUCCAUUGAAAACGAAGUAGAGCAAGCUUUCAUUACAAUGAAUCUUUUUGGACAGAAAGCUAACGUUUGGAUAGGCCUACAGAGUGAUGAUUAUGAAAAAUGGCUAAAUGGAGAGCCUGUAAUAUAUUCUAACUGGUCUCCAGUUGAGAUAAUAAAUAAUAAGAACCAUAACUCUACAAAUGUUCAAGAACAAGUUCCUCUCUGUGCUUUGUUAUCAAGUAGCCCUAAUUUUCAUUUUACUGGAAAAUGGUAUUUAGAAGAUUGUAGGAAACAAAGUUUUGGAUUUGUCUGUGAAAAACUACAAGAUACUUCUGCACAUAAUAUAAAUGCAUCCAAUAUGUAUCCAAUACCAGAAACCUUAGAAUAUGGAAACAAAACUUAUAAAAUAAUUAGUGCUAAUAUGACCUGGCAUGCUGCUUUAAAAGCCUGUAUGGAGAGUGGAGCAGAAUUGGUCAGUAUCACAGACCAGUUUCAUCAGUCUUUCCUCACUGUCAUUGUCAACAGACUAGGACAUGCCCACUGGAUUGGACUCUUUACGGCAGACAAUGGUCUUAAUUUCGAGUGGUCAGAUGGUACCAAACCAUACUUCACUUACUGGGAAGAUGAAGACUCAUCAUCUCUGGGUGCAUGUACAUUUGUGGCCAUUAAUGGACGUUGGAGGCGUACAGACUGUGAAACACCUCUACAAGGAGCAAUCUGUCAUGUGCCAAAAGAAACAGAGCAAUCAGAAUACCCAAAGUUAUGCAGAGAAACAUCUAUUCCCUGGAUGAAAUUUAAAAAUAAUUGCUACAGUUUUUCUACAGUCCUAAACAGCACAAGUUUUGAUGCUGCACGGGAAUUUUGCAGAAAGGAAGGAGCUAAUCUUUUAACAAUUAAGGAGGAGGCUGAAAAUGCAUAUCUUCUAAGUGAGCUCUCUGCACUUAGUUCUUCUGUGCCGGUGGUCUGGUUGAAUGCUCAAUUUGAUAAUAACCGUAGCACCAUCACAUGGUUCGAUGGUAGUCCCAUAGAGCAUUCAAACUGGGGCAUCAGGGAGCCAGAAUCCAGUCUUCUCAAGGCUGAUCUUUGUUUUGCAUUGAGGACCACAGAUGGUGUGUGGCAGCUAUUUCCUUGUGGAGAAAAAAUAGGAUUUGUGUGUAAGAUGGAGACAGAUAUUAAUAAUAUGAAGCCAGGAAAAGCCCCCAACCACAACCUUAUCCCCCUUACAGUAGCAGUGAUACUAGUUGUCAUCUUGGGCAUUUCCAUUUUCUACUGCCUCUACAAGCAGAAUGGUAUUUUCUUCAGAAGACUCAUCACUUGGGGUAGUGCCCCUUACACAUCAACAAAUUUGAGAAGGUUACCUGUAGAAGAAAGCAUCCUCAUUUCAGAUCUGGAGAGAAAUGAUUAAUAAGAAUAUUGGAACCAUAGGAUCACAGUGCCUAUAUUUGGCUUUUAAAAGGAAUGAAUAUUAAGAAGCUCUACAUUAUAUUUUAUUUUAUAACCUUGAUGUCACAAUAAUAAAAAUUGUUUAAAAAAAAAACAACUAAUCAGCCCCUGACUAAGGACUAUUUGAAUUACAACCAGCCUGGUUUUAUUUUAGGUCUUUUGCCAAAAUGUAUUUUUUUUCUUUUUUUAAGACAAGGGCAUAUGGGGGAAGGGUUUAAGAUUAAAUAAUAAUUGUCAUUCAGAAAGGUUAGAAAUAACUAAAAGGAUGCCCACUAGGUAGAAAUCCGUUGUUUGAGAAGGACUUAAAAUCCCCAGUUUUCAAAAUUCAUAGAAGUUCACUGCCAGACUAACAGAGUAGUGGUAUUUGUAAUGGAAUACAUUUAUUUCCAUCAGAAUGUGGUCAUUGGAUUUGAGAUUUCUAAAUCAGCUCAUGACUACGUGUUCUUUUGUCCACCCCCACCACACCCCAAACUAAACAAAUUCAUUAGGAGGAAGAAGAAAACAUCUCUUAGUUCUUAAAGUUCUUAAAUUUACAUGGCCAAAUCACUGGUGACAUUUAUUCAUUCAUUCAUUUAUUUAUUUAUUUAUUUAUGGAUAGCUCUAGCUUUUCUAGAAAGUAGAAAAAGGAACUUCAAAUGGCAUAGCACGAGAGAACAGUGUGGUGCAGUGAAAACAAAGAUUCCAAGGAAACUUGGAAGUCAGAAGACCUGAGUCUGAAUCCUGGCUUAGCCACUUACUGUCUGUAUGGCUAUGGACAAUUCACUUUAGGUCUCUGGGCCUUAUUAGGGAGUUGGACUGAAUGAACACUAAGAUCCUUUCCAAAUCUAAAUCUAGGCUUCUAUGGCUUAGAUCCUAAUACUGCUCAUCAAUCAGACUUUUUUUUUAAAAUAAGUCAACCUUUUUAAAGAGGUACAAUGUGACCUAAGACUACAAGAUUUCAUUUCUACUCAGUAAGCUGAAUUAAAAAUUCCCCUGACUCCAAAUCUUUCUACUAUACCACAAUGAGGCUUCAUCUUCAAAAUAUAAGGAUAGGUGACCAUUACCUAUUUGUGACUUAUGAGGAUAAUUGGCUUAAACUAACCAGAUGGUAAAUAAAGAUAAUUUAACAAAAUGUCAUGUGAAAUUAAAGUUCUGUAUUUCUAAGUGGUCUUGGUAAAAACUACUAAUGAAUUAGUCUUCUAGUCAAGGGAUAUUGAAAUAGAACUGUCACAUGUAAUGACACUACUGAUUAAAUAUGUCAUUAGCUAAACAUUUUUGUAGUAAGAUGAAUUCACCAAUUUCCCAGUGCUCUGUAAUUAGACAUAGAGGGCUACAUUUCUGAGUGUCUAGGCAUAUGGACAGUUAAUGCAAUCCUUCCUGCUCCCACAAUUUCUGAAAUGAGCAAAUUUAUGAAAUAAACAAGAUGCUACAAUUCUAUACUUUAUAUAGAUGCAUACAUUUUCACUGUGUGGACAUAUCCACAUUUAAGUCUUACCUGAAAUAAGCUUUGUAGUUUCAUGAGUUAUCAAACACAGUGUGGAAAAACCUAUCAAACAAACUUAAUGUGGAACUAUGAAUACAUUAGCUACUGAAGUAUCUUGUUAGAACUUGAUCUUCCUCGGUCUUAACUCUAGAACUCUAUGGAGUGAUGGAUAGAAUGUCAGGUUUGCUUCAGGAAGACCUGUGUUUGAAUUCAGCCUCUGAUGAACCUUGGGCAAUCACCCACUUAACUUCACUGGGCAUCAGACAACUUUCUAGGACUUAAGGAGUGUGCUAUCUGUAUUGCUGGACAGAAUCUCCAUACUUGGAGGUGAUUAAUAAAAAAUAAGACUUUAGAGAAUUAUGAAAAAGUAAAUGAUUUAAAGAGUCAGUCCACACAUUCUGAAAUGUUAAGCUGUUGAACGUUACAGAGGUAGUAGCAUUUAGUUUCUAUGUCCUAUCUCACAUAGCUAAAAAUGUUAGCUAAAGCAGGUUGGAAACACCUUUUCACUUGAGAAGGUGAAUUUGAUAAAACACUAAUGUACUAUUGGUGAAGUUGUAUACUGAUUUUCUGGGGAGCGAUCUGGAAUUGUACCCAGAGGGCUAUAAAAGCAAGCAUACCCUUUGACCAGGCAA